AUGGAUUUUCCAGACAGUUCAGAUCAAAAGAGUGGAAUUUCUACUCAGAAAAGAGGUCAGCUGUUGGGCGAACCACGUGUUGCUUGUCCCGCUCUAGAUGGAACUAAUGAACAACGUGACUUAGAGCGUCGUCGCCAAUUACUCAAUAGACGUCGACGAUUACGUCAGAUACAUCCAGGCUGUCAAAGUAUCGUCAGUUGCUGUUAUCGGUUCGGUGACUGUCUUCAAUGUCGUGUGCCAUUAAAACUGCCGGAAGUUCAAAGGACGACUGUUCCAAACACGGCUUCUUCAGAUCAGCCACAUAACUUCUUGACACCUUCCAAGAAGCGGAGAUCUCUUUUUGACGCAUUCCGAAUGUGCCGCAUUGGCCGCCAACGAGACAAAACCGGAUCGGCGACCACCAAUGUUCAAGUACGUGGUUCGUUGACACCCGGUGAACAAAGCCAGUUCACAGCGAUCGGGCUGGAUCGAAGCACCUUGUGGAAACCCCUGGACAAUUUAGAAGAUGAAGAGUUUGAAGUAAAGACGCUAUCUAUGCAACUGCAGAAACCAGUUGCAUACGUUGCCAACGCAGAAUCAGACGGUCGAUCAAAACAUUUGGUUGGUAGUUGUUUGCAUAAAGUCUGUGCCACUUGUGGGUGUCGCCUGCAACUUUCGUCUAAUGCUUGUGUGAAUUGCAGAAAACCCAACAGCGCUUGGGACUCGAGCUGGAAAGAUCAAACUGGUGCCGGUGAUUGUCCUUAUAGUAUGCCUAAUCGAACACCCACUCAUCUUCCUGUUGGGGUAACCUGCGCUGAAUCAGUGGACGAGAGCAUUGAUCCAGGCUUUGCUUUGACACAAUCCUCGAUGCAGAUUUUAGACUGUGCCUCUGCUCGGCUUGGUGCCAAAGUUUUGCCAGAAAAGCUGUUCAAUACUGCAUCCAUGAUGCAUUUAUUACAUCCGAAGUUAAAACAAAUUUGUUACCCCCGAAGUAAAUUGAUCGAACAUCAACGUCUUUCAAAGCGUGCUUUCGGUUGGAUCAUACUGGCCGAAGCUCCGAAUUUAGACCAACUAAUCCGGCGACAUCGCAUGCUAAGCCUGACGACUGCAGAACGACUCGGCCUAACUCCGUCUCCUGAACCAUGUUCAUCUCACGCGAAUAAUCGUUUCGGUAUGUUCGAAAUAUUGUUGCCGAAUUGA